AUGAGCUCAAAGCAACCAUUUGCUUGGGAGAAAGUAAGGUCACCAUUAAUGGGGAAAUGCCGGUUCUUGUGUCUGGUUUGUUUCUUCUUCAUCCUCCCCUCUUUACAUCGAGCAGCAAUUUCUUCUUCAUGCUCAACAGAUUUCAACUAUGUUACCACCUUUCCAUGGGAUUCUUCCGCCUGCCGGACCACCACCACCAACGACACCGCCACCCCAAACUGCUGCCAAACUCUCCGGAGUCUCUUCGGCAUCGGCCUCGCUCACCACCUCAACCAAACCUCAACUUUCUUGUUCCCAAACCUCCAAUCCUCCAUUUCUUGCCUUUCCGAUUUCCAAUCCCAUCUCUCUUCAAUCUCCAUCACACAGAUCUUCUCCACCUGCCUCACCUCCACCACUGAGUUCGUCGCAACCCCGUCAAAAUGCGCUGAGAUUGUGACGUUAUCAGAUUGGGUCAACAAAUCAGGCCCGACCACCGCGCUUGACUCUUCCUGCAACGUUGAUUUCGCCGGAUUUCUCAGCUGCAGCUCCUGCCUUGAUGCAGGAAUGGCGGUUAACACCCGGUUAGUAGCUUUAAGCCGUAACUCAAGUAAAUGCUUCACUUUCACCGCUCUAUACGCCGCCGCAAUCGUCAACAGUUUUGGCCCGGAAGACACUCGAACUGCCGAUUGCAUCCUCGGCGUACCUUUAGCUAAAUCCAGAUCCAAUUCAAGAUCCAAGAAAAACACCAUUUUCGCGAUUUUAGGAGCUUUGAUCGGAACUCUCCUUUUUCUGGGUGCAGUUUUCGCGUACAGGAGAUUCAAAAACAAAAGGAAAGAAAAUCAAUUUCACACAGAUUAUGUAAGAACAGUAAGAGCUCGUGUUUUGCCCAACACCGGUGCAAAAUGGUUCCGUAUAGCCGAGCUCGACGUCGCCACCGAUGGAUUCUCUGAACAAAACUUCAUCGGUCAAGGUGGAUUCGGGAUUGUUUACCGAGGAACCCUCUCCGAUGGAACGGAGGUCGCCGUCAAAAAGAUGACCAGCUUCGAUACUGAAGCAGACGACGAUUUUGUAAACGAGGCCGAUAUCAUAAGCAAGAUAAGACAUCGAAAUCUUCUCCCACUUCGAGGGUUUUGUGUCACUAGCGACGCCAUUAAAGGAAACGAAAGGUACCUGGUUUAUGAUUUCAUGCCAAAUGGUAAUUUACAUGAUCAUAUCUUCAAUAAACGGACACCGGAAAAAAGCUUAACUUGGCCUCAACGAAAAUCGAUCAUUCUCGAUGUGGCGAAAGGGCUAUCUUAUUUACACGACGGGAUUAAACCCCCGAUAUUUCAUCGCGAUAUAAAGGCGACAAACGUUCUUCUAGAUUCAAACAUGAAAGCCCUAGUUGCGGAUUUCGGAUUAGCUAAGCAAAGUAGAGACGGGCAGUCUCAGAUGACCACUAGAGUCGCCGGAACUUAUGGCUACGUAGCACCGGAAUACGCUCUUUACGGGCAAUUGACAGAAAAGAGCGACGUGUAUAGCUUUGGGAUCAUCGUUCUUGAGAUCAUGAGUGGGAGGAAGGUGCUUGAAGAGGUGAAAGGGGCGGCGUAUUCUGGGAUGGUUUUGAUCGCCGAUUGGGCAUGGGAGAAGGUGAAAUCGGAUGGAAUUGAUGAGGUUUUUGAUGAGUCGAUGAGAGAAGAAGGGACGUCGCCGAAGGGUGUGAUGGGUAGAUUUGUAAGAGUUGGAUUACUUUGUGCUCAUGCCAUGGUGGUGCUUCGACCUACCAUUUCAGAAGCUCUGAAGAUGUUGGAAGGUGAUAUUGACAUUCCUCGGUUGCCGGACCGGCCACCGCCGCUUGGUCAAGAGUCUUUUGGACUGAGUUUCCGGCAUGGUACCAGUUUGUGGUCGAGUAGCGAUGGGUCGAUAACGAGUUCAAUUCUUAACACUUGA